ACUUAAAACCUAACCUAUCUUCCUAAUUUUGUUUUCGUAUCAUGUGAGAUCGAGACAAUCGGGAAAAUCGAGAGCGGCGAUAAUUGCCGGCACUGAAAUACGCAAAACUAACAAUCGCCGUUGUUCACAAUACGAAAACUACUAGUUCAAGCAACAAUGUACCCGGCAAGUAUACGCGCCGGCAUCCCCCGCGCGUUCUGUGCACACAGAGGGAUGCACAGCAACGCGGAAGUGGUUGAAGCUUGCACGGAAAUCAUCAAUCGAAAUCCGCGGAAUUUAGAGCGACUAAGGAUAGGGAGGAAACCGGCCGGGUACGGUCUUAACGUACCUGAACACGCGUAUUGGCACAAACUCUCCGUGGUUAGGAAGCCUCGUCACAUCAUCGCAGAAGUCCGCCACUUUGAAUUUGGUCCGGUCGUAACAGCUUCCAGUGCAGAAUGGGCAUUGAGGAGGCAGUUAUAUCGAGGCAGUGACAGUUCCGCUUACAUUAACAUUGGACGUGUAUUGGCACAGCGUUGCUUGGAGGCUGGAAUAUGUGAGAUGAAGGUUGAUCCCGCGCUAACUGGAGAGAAAAAUGAAUUAUUGGUUGGAGAAGUGAAGAAGAGCGGAAUUAUUCUAAGGGAACUGCAUGUAUAUAGAUUUCCAAAUCCUUGGGACAAACGUCGGCUAGAAAAACCAUGGGAGAUCCAUGAAUAGUGUGAUUAAAUAUGUUCUUGUAUGUCGAUGUAAAUAAGUACAAGAGAUACAAGGAACGUAUAUUGCACAAUUGAUCUGUGUAAUACAGUUUCAAUUGUCAGUAAGAGCCAAAUGUAAUUAAACUUGGCAGUUAGCAUCAGGUAUUUUAUUAUUUGAAAUGUCUGAACAUGUUGAAAUGUAGAGUUUUGUACAUUACAGCAUCUGGAAGUAGAAAUAAAUAAUAAUAUCACUAU